AUGGCGAAAGCUUCCCAUACAUUGCAAAAAGGUGCUGUCGUCCAGCACACCGCCAAAGCCCAUGACCUGAAAGGUCAACUGCCUGAAGGGAGCAUGGAAUCUUUGGCAACAACCAUUCGUUUCGUGACGCUGAACUGCCGAACACUAUCGAGUGAACUCCAACAAGCCGCUCUAUCCAGACUUCUGCGAUAUCUCUGUGUGCCUUUUGCUGCACUGCAGGAAACACGCAUGAGAGAUCGGCCCGUCAUCAGCAUCGAAAAUUACACCAUAUACUGCGGCGAUGCUGAUGAGAACAAAGUAGGUGGCUGCGCGAUAGCUGUGAGGAACGAUUACAAGAACCUGGUGGAGGAAUUUGGCUCAACGUCGUCUAGAUGCGCCUUUUUACGACUGCGGGAUCGCGGAGGACGUAAACUCUGGAUCGUAAGUGCUCACGCACCUACGGAAACCGCUGAGGACAACAGUAAGGACGCCUUCUAUGAUGAACUCAAUGCGUUGAUGUCUAAAAUACCAAGCCAGCAGGUGGUCAUUGUCGGAAUCGACGCAAAUGCAAAGAUGGGACUCGAACAGCAAUCCGAUGUGCUAGGAAAAUGGUACUAUGCAGCGGAGCGCACGUCGGACAACGGUGACCGUCUGGUCGACUUGUCCGAACAGACGGGCCUCAUCAUCGCUUCCACGUUUAAGAGGAAUCAUCGACGCCAUCAGCUCACGUGGCAGGGGUCAACCCUUUUAACGCCUGAAGAGCAGCGCAAGCGGAAGAUGAGGACUCUUAAACUUCAGCUCGACUACGUUCUGGCGAGGAACAUUCCUCAGUCAGAUAUCCGAAAAUCUAGAGCUGUUUGGGACGUCGCGUUCGACUCUGACCACCGUCCAGUUCUUCUCAGCUUCAAGAUACGGUUCCACAAGAGAAACCGAGGAGUUCCUCUUCAACCGAAAAUCGACAUGGCAGGUCUGAAAGACGAUGAAUGCAGAAGAAAAUUCCGCUAA